AUGUGCCAAUACAUCUACCACCACUUCAUUGGCUGCGGCCACAUCGGUUGCUUCAGCCUUGAUACCUGCUUCGACAUGAUGAAUGCGCUGCGUAUCUCUACCCCUCCGCCUUCCCAUGGGGUUACUGCUGCGCACGACCUACUGCCCCUGUCUUGCCCUACCGCGUGUCCUCAGUGCGAGAGAGAAUCCACCGAAAGAGAACCAGACAACUCGACCGGAUCCAAGAACUCAUACAUUCAGCUGGAGGGGUUGAGUGCCAACACCCUCAAGGUGGUCAGCCACAUGGAGAUCUCUCUAAGCCCCGAGUAUCCUGCUUCUGAUAGUAGCUUCGUGCAUGUCGGCCUGCCAUCACAAUUGGAGCCGUAUGAGCCCGCGCCGUCUGUCGAGGUUAGAAGCCUGGAAAGUGACGAGGAACAGGCCUUUACACCGUGCUCUUCCCCCCGGCCAUCCACGCGGGUCUCCACCAUUUCGUGGAUGGAACAAAAUGACGACAAUUCCCAGUGCAUUCCUCCUCUUCACCGCACAGAGUGUACCUCUGAGAAUACUCGUGGUUCGAAAUAUACGUUUUACGACAGUGCGUCAGAAACAGAGGACGAAGAAGAGGAAGACGAGACCGUGGAAGAGAAGGGAAAGGAAGAGGGAAAUCAUCCUGUGAAUCCUUAUAUUCGUUUGACCUCUCCUUCCGAGGAAUCGCAUCGAUUUGAGCAGGCCUUUGACGAACCUCUAUUACAUGAUUCCCAAUUGUACGACGAUGUGGAACCAUCUCCGCCGCUGAGAUUUACCAAGACACCUGCUCGUUUGAGUUCUCCUUCCAAAUCACCGCAUCGACUCGAGAGGCCAGUUGAAGCUCCAUUGAAAGUUUCCGAUUUGUACAAUGACUCAAAACCAACCGAGCAGCCGACAUCCGUCAAAAUGUCUGCUCGUUUGAAAUCUGCUUUCAGAUCACCACAUCUGCUCCAGCGACCCGUCGAAGCCUCAUUGAGGGUCUCCGAAUUGAACAGUGACUGUGGGCCAUCCUCGCUGCCGCGAUUCGCCAAAAUGUCUACUCGCAUGGAUCCUCCUUCCGAGGCACCAAACCAACCUCAGGGGGCUUUUGAAACCCCGGUGUUUCGCAGCGACAUGGACAAGAACUCAGAACCAUCUCAACGGCCGAGACCCGUCAAGAUGUCUGCUCGCUUGAGCUAUCCUUUCAGACCACCGCCUCUGCUUGAACGAUCCACUGAAGCCCCAUUGAGACUGUCGGACUUGUCCCAAGACUCGGAACCAUCCCCACGGCCAAGAUUCCCUUCCCAAGCCGGUAUUAUGCACCCCCGACCCACGCGGAGGUACAUUCAAUGGAUGACAAGAUUGAGCUCUGCCGCCGAGAGCGCGCCCAAAACAUUCAUUCUUCCCAACCCCCGACUCGUGGAACCGGAUAUCAAACCACACUCGCCCCUUCAGCCAUACGCCGGGAGUUAUGAUACGCGCUCUGACAGUCCAGAUCGGUGGAACGAGGCCCUCGCCAGCUAUCGGCGGUAUCAUGCACCCGAUUACCCUCCAAAGUACGGCAACAAUUACUGGAACCGGAAACUAGAUAAGGUGGUCGGGGCGUCUCGUAGACUAGCGGGGGCGCUGUCUUCGGGGUGGGGUAGUUGA